CUGUGUGUGACGUGGAGACUGCUGAGGCUGCUGCUCCCCUCCCUGCUACCUCCGGCUGUGUUUGGGCUAUGCAUGGGGGCUAAACAGAUGAAAUGUCUCAGUUCAGCCAGCCCUGCUCAUUCCCCCAAAGAGGAGUAUGUUAUCACCCAGUCCACUGACACCCUUAAAGAGGAACCCAUCUCCGAUGUGUCUAAGAACCAGGGGGAAACUGGGGAAGACAAUACCGAGCCCACAGAGAGGAAAUCUGUCCCAGAGGAGAUAUCUCUCUGCGGGUUGUGUCCCUCCCUCGGGCAUGAUGGGCAGGAGGAAGAGAAGUCCUGGGAUGAACAGCUGGAUGCCCACCAGGAGCAGCUGGAGAGGGAGAUGCAGGACGCCAGAAGAAUGGUGUUCCGCCUACAGGCUUUACUGCUGCAUGGCUCCCUCCCCGAGGAGGACCAGGAUGGAUCCAUGAGCUUUGGAGAUAACCGGGCGAGCGCCGAACAGCAGCUGGUUCUAAUCCGCAGUCGUCUGGACCAAAGCAUGGAGGAAGCCCUUGAUCUCAAGAGGGAACUUCUGAGGCACAAACAGGAGACGCGGCACAUUCAGGCCAUCAAGGAUGCUCUGCAACAACGCCUGGCAGUGCAGGAAGACGCUGUUCUGCAGCUAAAGCAGGAACUACUGAGGUGCAACAUGGCCAAAGAUCAGUUUGAAGGAGAGAAUGAAGAGCUGAAACAGAAGCUGAGUGAAAGGAACAAAGCUCUCAGUGAAUAUGAGCAGCAGAUUGGGAGGAAGGAGAGAAUGCUGCAGCAACAGCAGCAAAAGCUCGACGAGGUUCACCAUAAAGCACAUGAAGUCUGCCAUGGAAGGUCAUUUAGGAAUGAAAGUGGUGGCUACAGCAACUCAGUGGUGUCAACAUCUCCCCCUUCAUUCCAACACAGUGCACCAGGUGAAGAGCUGCAACUUGUCAGAGAAGCGCUGCGCAGUUUGAGGGACAGUUUCUCGGGCCACGACCCUCAGCAUCACACCCUGGACACUCUGGAGCAGGGUGUGGCCAGCCUCAUGGAUCGUCUGCACUCCCUGGAGAGCCAGCGCAGACAAGGCAGAGGGGAGGAAUUUAAAUCACCAGGACGCAGAGCCAACUCCACAGACCGUGACUCGUGGCCACCAAGCUCAAAAAUAGCACACUCACACAGCAGCCCAGGAUUGGACGCCGCCAUCUCCACUAAAGUGCUCUACUUCACAGAUCGCUCGCUGACUCCUUUUCUGAUUAACAUCCCGAAAAGGCUGGGCGAAGUAACUUUGCGAGAUUUCAAGGCCGCUGUAGACAGACAAGGAAAUUUCAGAUACCACUUCAAGGCCCUUGACCCUGAGUUUGGCACAGUGAAAGAGGAGGUGUUUCAGGACGGAGCAGUUGUGCCUGGCUGGGAGGGGAAGAUUGUAGCGUGGGUAGAGGAGGAUCAUGGAGAGCGGAGGUAG